AAAAGAGCGUAUGCGGGAUGAACGAACAAACUGAACUAGUGAAACAAUUACAAAAACACCCCGUUAUAAUUUGAGCCACCGCUGUGCUGACUGCUGAAGCCACAAGGAGGAGGGAGUGACUACCAGUCCAACAGCUCAAUGAUUAGGAUCGGGGAUAAGCUCUUCAGAGCAAAAUGCCGUGGAUCUACACUACUAGCUUUACUCCGCCUUCCAGCUGCAGCGGCGUCACCACCUCAUAGAGCUUUCUCGAAUAAAGUCCACUCAGAUAGCUCUUUCAAGAUCAACCCAGUCGCCCUUGAGAUGACGAAUUACGCGCUCUCUCUAGCCCGUUCUGAGAAGUCAGGUGAUGCUUAUGCUCAAGCUCAGUUGGUUUUGGAGCAGUGCUACUCUACUCACUCUGAUGAAAAUGUUAAAGGAAUGGUUGUACUAGCGAUGUCUUCAUUGUUGUAUCAUAGUGGGAAUUAUGAAGAAGCAAUUGAGAAACUUCAGAAAAUUCAAAAUUUAAGCUUGUCUUCGAUGAUUAUCAGAGUUGCGGCCUCAGAGGCACUUGUUGGACUUCAUUUAGAACUGGGCCAAGAUGAUGCAGCAGCAGCAACUGCAGAUAUGUGUUUGCAACUCUUGGAAACCAUUAAGUUAGACGUCGGCACUGAAGGCAUUGAGGCCUUGGUAGAUCAAUCUAAAGCAUUAAAAGGGCUUGUUGAGUUGAUCCGUGGGAAUACCGAAUCAGCAAUGCCUUGCUUCCCGGAAGGUCGAUAUGGGGACUGUUCCUCUUUUGUAAUGGGUGGUCAAUGCACUGGCAAUGCUGCACUUUCUUAUGGUGAAUUCCUUCACCACAAGUCGGAUUUUGAAAUGGCAAAGCACAUGUACACAAAAGUGAUUAGCGAGGAAUUUCUGGGAAAGGAAUCUAGUAAUUUGCAUCAGUUAUCAGCUUGUAAUAUGAACUUUGAGGACACCAUAGUGGGAGCUACAUGUGCUUUAGGACAGCUAGAGGCUCAGUUGGGGAACUUUGAAAAUGCUGAGAAGAUGUUAACUACAGCACUAAAGAAAGCAGAACAAACUCUUGGUGAUCAACAUCCCAAAAUUGGUGCUAUUUUAACCUGCAUAGCUCUUAUGUAUCGACACAAAGCAACAGUUGAACGAUCUAGCUCUCUAUUAAUUCAAGAGGGACUCUACAGAAGGGCAAUUGAAUUGUUUAAAGCUCCUCCACUGGAUUUCAAAGGUGCACAAGAGCAAGCUUGUAGGAGAGAUUUAAUUGCUUUAGUGAGAGGUGGUUAUGCAGAAAUAUUGUGUCUG